CGACAGCAUUGCCCGUGACAGAGUCUGCUGGCGGUGGGUCUCCUUUUCUGCCGCCUGAUUUCUCUUCCCCGGUAAUCGGCGUUGUUGACCGGAGAAUCAUCCGAAGUUGCUGUAUCCCUCAAGAAGCAACCGACCCGAUGGAGUCCGUUUGAAAAGGUUGCAUGUUGGCUUCUUCCUCGUCCGUCCUGCGAAGACAGCAUUUCUUGGUGAGGUCACUGUGUCUGGGAGGUACCGGCAAUCGCAGGAGGUCGCAGGGCAUAAGGUCAAUGGCUUUUGAUGCUGAGGCUGAGAACAUUCUGAGGGCAAUUGCUCCACCGCUUGACCCAAGUAAAUAUAAAGGCCAGGCAGGAAAGGUAGCAAUUAUUGGUGGAUGUCGUGAGUACACUGGCGCUCCAUAUUUUGCGGCUAUUUCCGCCCUGAAAAUUGGUGCAGAUUUAUCACAUAUUUUCUGCACAAAAGAUGCUGCCACGGUUAUAAAAAGCUACAGCCCUGAAUUGAUUGUGCACCCUAUUUUAGAAGAAUCUUACAACAUAAGGGAUGGGGAGAAAGAACAAAUCUCGGGCAAGGUUCUUGCAGAGAUUGAUAAAUGGCUGGAAAGGUUUGAUUGUCUUGUAGUUGGUCCAGGUCUUGGGAGAGACCCAUUCCUGCUGGGAUGUGUGGGUCAGAUCAUGAGUCAUGCAAGACAGCGCAAUGUUCCGAUUGUCGUAGAUGGGGAUGGGCUCUUUCUUAUUACAGACAACCCUGAUCUUGUUAUUGGUUACCACCUAGCUGUCUUAACUCCAAAUAUCAAUGAAUAUAAGCGCCUGGUCAAAAAAGUACUCAAUUGUGAAGUAAAGGAUCAAGAUGCUCAUCAGGAAUUGCAAUUGCUUGCUAAACGGAUAGGCGGUGUUACUAUCAUGCGAAAGGGGAAUUCUGAUCUGAUAAGUGAUGGUGACAUAGUUAAAUCGGUGAGCCAGUAUGGUUCACCUCGACGCUGUGGUGGCCAGGGUGAUAUACUCUCUGGGAGUGUUGCAGUAUUCGUAUCUUGGGCUCGUCAACAUAGUUCAGCCACUGGAGUAGAUUCAACCAGCCAAAUGAAUCCAACUGUGAUGGGAUGCAUGGCGGGAUCUGUUUUGUUGAGGAAGGCCGCAUCACUCGCUUUCGCAAGCAAGAGAAGGUCCACUCUUACCAGCGAUAUCAUUGAGCUAUUGGGAAGAAGUUUGGAGGAAAUUUCACCAGCAUGUUGAUUGCGACAAUAACGGAGUUGCAGUGGUGAUGGCCUUCUCAAAUAUGUGUCGCUGCGCCUCUUGGUGCGUCUGCUCUUACAAGUACAGUUUUUUGUGUGUGCCCUUUCUUUUCCUGUUCAUUUUCCUAGAGUACUCCAAUCUUCUUGCGGUGUAUCUACAUUUUCAAAUGAUCCCUUUUUGGGUAGAAUAAUGUCUAUAUGAGUUCCGUGUUUGUGCACUAUUUGGCUGGAGAACCAUCUUGCUUCUUAAAACCACUGAAUGCCUCAGUUUAAGCGGAUAAUUUGAUUGCCUUUCCACUGCUA